AUGGCGUGGGGCAUCCAUAACACGUCUAUCGGUGCCUGGUCGCAACGAAACGAAGCAUCAUUCAUCUUAGGAAGUGCACGGACGGGCGGAAUGGAAGACCGGCAGAAGAUAAUAAAGUUUUUGCGCCGGCCGUUCAAGUUGCAGCUUGUCGCCAGUCCGGCCAUUCUUGGGGUAUAUAAACAGCACAACUCUGCCGGGGCCGCUCCAGUGGACCCUUCACCACCCAAACCAACCAAACUCCCCACCAAUCAAUCGAAGCCCAUGAGCGUUUCCUCCGCGUUCAACUUCACGCGCCUGACCGGCACGUGGCACAACGAGCUCGCGUCCGUGAUGCACCUCAAGGCGGACGGGCGCGGCGGGCUGAGCGGGUCGUACAACUCCGCGGUCGGCAACGCGCAGGACAACUACGUGCUCACCGGGCGCUACGACACGACCCCGCCCACGGGCGAGGGCGUCGCGCUCGGCUGGAUCGUCGCGUGGAAGAACAACGAGCUCGACGCGCACUCCGCGGCCGGGUGGAGCGGCCAGUUCUACGCCGGGGCCAGUGAAUUGGAGGAUAUCAUAUUGACGCAGUGGCUGUUGACCACCAGCACGGCGCCGGCGGAUAACUGGGAGAGCACCCAGGUCGGGACGGACCUGUUCAAGCAUCAAGAGCCGACGGCCGCGCAGGUGAAGCGUGCCACCAUGGAGGGCCGCGCGCUCCCGCAUCCCGAGCAGAUAGUCGCCAAGCGGAGUCGUGUGUUGUAA